AUGGAACGGCCACCACUCUACAGUUCAGUUGAGACAACAAAUGGAACAAAGUUAAGCAGGCUGCUUAUUGAUGGGGGAACAAGAGUCCUGAAAAAUUUGUUCAAUACUUACUAUCCCCCCGCCAAUCUGGUGCCAGGCCUCAAUGCUAAAUAUCUGAUCCUUAAUGACCUGUUAAGGAGGAAAGUUUUGUUUAGAAAGCAGUGGGACUUGUUGUUUCCCUCACGUGGGGAUAUACCAGAUUCCAACACUUUUGAUAUCUCUUUACUCUUUAUUUUGUUGACCAACAUUUGUGGAUUGUCUCCCCCAUCAUCAGGAUGGCAUGCAAAGCCAGCCUCCAAUGACACCUCUCUUGAAGCAAACAUUGCUUAUUUGAAGUACUUCCGCAACGCGUUGUAUGGUCAUGUGACCUCCACUGGAGUCGACACCUCAACGUUUUCUGCCCUCUGGCAGGAACUCAGCGUUGCGCUUGUGGCUCUUGGAUUGGAUCAAGCGGAAAUAGAUAGGCUGAAGGAAGAGCGCUGUGGUGAAGAACAAUACCUGAAUGUUGUAUUCGACUGGGUAGAUAGUGAUGCUGAUAUCAAGUCACAACUAAAGGACGUAAUACGAGCUCAGAAAAACACGCAACAAGUUGUAGAGGAAAUGCAUAAGAUGCUCAGAAAGAGUCUUCCUAAUGCUUCGCGAUUAGAAGAGAGUGCAUCGAAUGAAAUCCUUAAGAACCUUGCUAAAUCUGAGUUUAAGGGAGACAUCGAGUUUCAUGUGGGAAGAUAUCAGCCUGAAACCCGUGAUUGGGUCUUCAAAGUAGUCGAGGACUGGCUGGACGACAAAUGCUCUAAAAACCGGGUGCUGGUGAUCAGUGGAGAUGCAGGAAUGGGCAAAUCAGUGAUUGCGGCUGUAAUUUGUCAAAGAAUGCAAGAAAAUGGCAGACUAUCAGGAAGCCACUUCUGUCAGCACAACAACUUUCGAUAUAGAGACCCUCGACUUAUGCUCCAAUCUUUGGCUUGCCACUUGUCUCAUGCCCUUCCCGAAUACGAACGUGCUCUAGUGGAGCAACUUUCACGGAAUGUGGGCACUGAGUUGGACAACCUCGGUGUAGAAGACUUAUUUGCACUACUUUUUAAAGAGCCUCUCAGCACUGUGUCUGACCCUGGUAGAAACAUUCUUACCGUGAUAGAUGGCUUGGAUGAGAGUGAGUAUCAAGGACGGAAUGAAUUGCUUGAUGUGAUUGCCAAUCAGUUUUGUAAGCUCCCUCUUUGGAUUCGAUUUCUCGUCACCACAAGACCAGAGAAAAAUAUUAUAGAGAGACUUAAACGUCUAAAGCCAUUUCAUUUGGAACCAAGUGGCGAGAAGAAUUUGCAAGACAUCAGACUGUUUUUUCAAAGCCAUUUACAGGAUGGUCCUGACAAUGACUGCCUGGACAAGACUAUAUUGAACAAACUAGUGGAGAAGUCUGAGGGGCUGAUGCUAUACGCUUAUUUCCUUGUGGAAGGUUUGGAGAAUAAUGUAGCUCGUCUAGACCAAGUGCACGUAAGUGGCAGCCCUCCUCUAGGCAUUUCGUCUGUUUAUCUUUCGUAUUUUAAACGUCUGGAGGCAGAUCUUCAGAAGGAAGUUGGAAUCAGCGAGGAAACUUUUCUGACUUUUCUUUCAAUUGUGACCGUUGCUAGGGAACCGUUGCCACUCUCUAUAAUAUAUAAAGUAUUAGGACCUCACGCAAAUGGCACUUCUAGAUCUAACCAACGACGAGUAAACAAAGCAAUCAGCUGUGUUUCUACUCUGCUCCCUAUUCGCGACGGCCGCCUUCACUUUAUUCACAAAUCGGUCAGAGACUGGUUAACUGACAAAUGCUUGUAUGGAGAUCAUGAUUUUCUUGUGGACGAGGGGCAAGGACACCGCCUUCUUGCAGAGAUUUGUCGAGUGGUUCUUGAUGAGGUUAGACUAAAGGAAGUUCACGGCAGAUGUUUUAGUGACACUGAUAGAUACGCUCUGCAGCAUGGUGUUCAGCACAUGCUCAAGGGGGAAAAGGAAUUAAGGUUUGUCAAUUUCCAGGAGACGGUGGAGAAGUAUGUGAUGGAUUUGGAACUUGUUUAUGCAAAACUUUGUGUUCACAACGCAUACGACACAGCAGCUUCCGAAGAUGUUCUUUUGAUACAGACCCAAGAUAUAUCACACAAGCUUCCGGAGCAACUUCAGGGAGCUCUCAACAAAUUAUUGUUUGUGCUUCAAAAGCAUCGCAACACACUGCGGAGUCUUCCUAGUAAUUUUUUCCAACUUGUUUUGAACGAGGGAGGGCAAGAGUUAGCAGAUAAAGCAGCCAACAUGUUGCAGAACAAAUACUAUGACAUUCCGUACAUGGAAAACCUCGCUGAAGAAGCUUCCGAGGGCAUUACGUCAGUGAAACUUCACUGCUCGGACACAGUAGCUUGCAUCGAUGUCUCACCACAAUUAGAUUACAUGGUUUGUGAAUGCCAUGACGGAUCAAUACAACUGUGGUCGCUUAAGACAAGAAAGCUAGAAUGGGUUCGCACUGUCAUAUAUAGAAAAGAGUACUCUGGAGUUCCGUUUGGUAGUGCGUAUAAGAUACCUCCCUCGUCUGAAGAUGCCGACUCGACAUUAAGGCCUCUUUCGUGUUAUCGCUCGGUGGUUUUCCAUCCUAAUGGUAGGUUCAUAUUGCCAGGGAACCUGAGCCAAGUAUAUAAAGUGAACGGAGAAAAAGAAACUCUCUUUCCUUCAUGUACUUGCGCUUUUACUUUUAGUCUGUUUUCCGAAGAUAAUACGAGAAUGCUAACUGAUUGUAUUGACAAAAGAUCAUGUGUGAUCAUGUGGAAUUUGGUAAAUGGAACUGAAGUCACCCGCAUUGAACGACGUGAGCCGAUUUUAUCCUUCACGUGUUCUCAAGAUGGAAAACUUUUGGCACUUUCACAUCCACAUUCAGUUUGUCUUUUUGAAGUGGCGCGAGAUAAUUUUCGAUUCAUGGAAGAAACCACUACGCCAGUAGCUUGUGGAUUAAUGAAGUUAUCUCAAAACAACCAAGAACUUACUUGCCUCCAUCUCACUGAAUUUUCCAAACGGCUGCUCCAUUUUAACAUUCAUUUCAAUCACUCUCAAAGUGUUCCUUUGACUUCUAUUUUUGAGAGGACUGAUGAAGACCUUGAAAGUUCCGGUGAAAGUUGUCCUUGGGAAUUUGAGCAAGGGGUAAACAUUAGAUUUCUGUUGGGAGACCUUACUUCCCUGUCAAGCGAAGCAUUGUCCACUGUCGUCCCAUUUUGGGAAGUAGGGAUUCUCUCUGUAUUGAACGAGGAAAUAGCAUUGAUGAGCAGCCCUGAUCUUAAUUACCUAAGUCUAAUUAACGUCAGAAACCUGAGCGAAAACAUUGAAAAUUCCAAAAUGAUUGUGAAAGAGAUCGCAUUUUCUCCAAAUGGGAACAGGCUUUACGUACUCGGUGAGGAUGCAACCAGGCAAGUAACAUUGACGGUCUGGGAUACUUCCCACGGAAACAGGAUGCGUGGACGAAUAAACCUUUUCGUGACAUCGUUUAUUCCUGUUACGCAGGGUGUUGUUCUGUUGGCGCAAAACAAGCAACCUCAACUGUGGAACUUGGAUGUGUGCGAGUGCAUUAGAAGCUGGGACUCGCUAAUGGGUAUCACGAAGAUGAUAUCAAUUUCAAACGAACUAAUUGCUUGCGUAGGAAGCCAAGGAGAGGUUAUCAUCUUAGAAGCUGUGGCAAAUGGGACUAUUUUGUGGACAGGUGUACCGAUGGGACAGAGGCGAGUCAUUGCCUGUAACAGUGAAUACCACCUUUUAACUGUUGGUCCAAAAUACCAGAUCGACACCAUGAGCAAAAGUGGUACAGAAGGCACACUACAAAUGUCAAAUAUCGGAUGUAUCGUUUGGGAGAGAGAUUUGACUCUUCCGUUGUGCGAAGACCAUGCGCUGCCUCACUGUAUCUUCUCUCCAAAAGAAGAUUUGAUGAUAGUUUGGGGCGAGCCAAUCAUUGAUGGUCCAGGGGUGCAUAUAUUAGAUUCAGCUUCAGGAAACACGUGUCGCACUCUUCCAAACAGCAAAAACGUUGUUGGCUGUCAGUUCGUCGGUGAUAAAGAGGUUUUGGUAUACAAUAAAGUUAUAAACGUUCUUCGAAUGUUCAGUGUCACGUCCGGAAAUCUACUUAGUGUGAUGGACAUGGAAGAACGCCCAAAGUGUGUGGCGGUCUGUCUUUGCCGAAAUCUUAUCGCUGUUUGUUUUAAAGGCUUCACAUUCAAGCAGAUCCAAGUGUGGCUACCGGGAACGAAAGGCACAAGAAAAUGCGAAAGGUUAGUUUAUAGAUUGAGCGAUUGCAUUACCGACCCGGGGAUUACUGAUUUAUUUAUACUCACGGAAGCAGCGUAUAUGAGUGAUCAGAGCGCAGGCCUGGGGGCUUCGGGAGCGCACGGCGUGCAGUGCAAAAUCCCCGAGGAGUUCUGGUCCCCUCCUGACCGCUUUCGGUAGUUCCAUUAUUACAUAAAAGCUCAUUAUGUUCCCCAUGUGAGAAGACCUUGUUAUAAUGUUAUAAUUUAGGGACUGGGCCGAUUUAUGUUUAUUGGGGCGGUUGGAGGGGGGGGAGGGGUCGUCGAUAUUAAUGGACAAGACAAGACAAUAUAUAUUUGGGGUCUUAUACCACCUGGUACAUCGAUGGUUGGUAACGAAAAAGCUACAAUCUCCAGAGGUUAGAUCUCCUGACGUUGGCCACUCUGCAUGGGGUAACUUUUUGAACUUUUUGAACUAGCUGUCAGUAAUAUUUUGUAUCUGUUGCAGGGUCUCGCAGAUUGAGCAACCGAAAGGAUGGCUUGGUCGGCUAUUAGAUCUUAUCAUUCAGGGCUAACAUUGAAAGUAGCCAUUUCUGGUAGUCGUUUUCUAGGUUGACGUGGCAGUAUCACGAUAAUUUUCCCACAUUUUUUAUCUGAACGACCUCCUCCGUUAUUACAAAGAGUACAUUUGCUUAUAAAGAACAAAUGGCUGCGUCGAAAAGGACCCCCCCCCCCCCCCCAAAAAAAGCUAACAGAUUAGGACUGCGUUUUUCUUCGUCAU